AUGCAAUAGUCUUAAUCAUAUAUAAAAACAGAAAAAAAGUGUGACAGACUACAUGAUGAGGGAUCCAACAGAUUGAUAGCCAUUUGCUUAAACCCUCAUUGUGAUAAGAAGUUAAUGUGUUGCUUCUGCUAUAAUGAUUAUCAUAGUGAGCAUGUGAAGGAUGCGAAGACAAUUUCAUAAGUUCAAUAAUUGUGUAAGGAUUCAAUUGCUAAAUUUGACAAAUUGCAACUUACGAUAAUCCUAUAGCAGAAGGCAGAAUAGUUUAAGUAGGUUGUGCAGAAUAUCAGUGAACAAUUGGAGAAAUUGCUUUAGUAUUACAUUCACGACAUACAAUAAUUGUACUCCAUGUUGGAGGAUUUAGCAGAUAGUUUUGUGAUUUUGCAAUAAGGCAAUAUCAAUUAAUUUACAAAUGAACAAUGCCAAUUACUAGCAACAUUCCAUGAUGAGAGAAUCUUGGAUAGCAUUGAAGAUAUAACCAAUUUUAUUGGAUAGAGAAUGGGCAUAUAGGAUUUGUUAAAAAUUAGCAAUGAUUUGGAUGAUAAAAUUAAGUUGCUGGAUUUCAAUGAUAUUCUGGAAAAGAAUAUCUAGAAUGAUUAAUUGAAACAGUUUGUACAAACUCAUCAAAUUAAAUAUGAUUGGAUAUAACCAGAAUUUUUAUUGACUCGAAGUCCAGAGGUAACUAAAAUAGAGUAUCCAAAUGAAGACUUCUAUAUUGGGGAAGUAAAAGGAGACAAGAAGUAUGGAAGAGGAUUGUUAUUUAAUAAAGUGGCUUAGACAUAUUAAUACGGUGUUUUUAGAGAUGACAAUUUUGUGUGGGGUCAACAAUUGCUGGUGGAUUAGAAAAAGCGUUACUGGAUUAAAUAGGGGAAAUGGGUGAAUGAGAAGAUAGAAGGCAGAGGGAUUCAGGUCCAAUUCAAAGGAGAGUAUUAUCAGGGAGAUCUAAAGAAUGAUAUCAGAGAGGGGUUUGGAAUCAUGAGAUACACUUCAGGAGACGAGUAUUAAGGACAAUGGAAAAUGGGACAAUUUCAUGGAAAGGGGUUGUAUAAGUAUGCAACUGGGGAUGAGUAUGAAGGAGAUUUUGUGCAGGAUAGGAAGGAAGGUAUCGGAUCGUUUUAAUACAAAAAUGGGGAACUGUAUGUCGGAUAAUUUAAAUCUGGUUUGAGACAUGGGAGUGCCAUAGUCAAAUUUCCUAAUGGCGAGAUCUUUACAGGAGAGUACAUGAAUGAUAAAAGGGAAGGGCCAGGAGUAUACAAGUACAUAACUGAUAACAUUUUUGAGGGGACUUACAAGGAUGGACAAAGACAUGGGUAAGGGAUCUACACUGAUGUUGAGAAUGGGCUGAGAGAGAUCGGUGAGUAUGUUCAAGGGAAACAACAUGGAGAACAUAUGGUUUUCAAGUUGUUGAGGGAUAAACCAUAUUGUAUAAAUGUUUAUGAUAAUGGAAAAUUAGUUAAUAAAAAAUCAUUAUGA